CCGGCGUCCCACAGGUCCCGGAGGCCGCUGCGUCGCGGGGAGCUGGGCUCGGGCCGCCGGCGGUUGCGCCGGGGCAGCCCCGCGGGGAGAGCACCAUGAGGACUGACUCGGGGGCUCGGCUGGAGGAGGGCCACCUGCGUCCUCCACGAGCUCUUCCACCUGUGCCAAGUCAAGAUGAUAUUCCACUUAGUCGUCCUAAGAAAAAGAAGCCCAGAACAAAAAACACACCAGCAAGUGCUUCUUUGGAAGGCCUUGCUCAGACUGCUGGGAGAAGGCCCUCUGAGGGCAGUGAGCCAUCAACUAAAGAACUCAAAGAGCACCCAGAGGCUCCUGUUCAAAGAAGACAGAAAAAGACAAGGCUACCUCUUGAAUUGGAGACUUCCUCCACCCAAAAGAAGUCAUCUAGUUCAUCUUUAUUACGAAAUGAAAAUGGUAUUGAUGCGGAGCCAGCUGAGGAGGCAGUUAUUCAAAAACCUCGGAGGAAGACAAAGAAAACCCAGCCAGCAGAAUUACAGUAUGCCAAUGAGCUAGGAGUAGAAGAUGAAGACAUAAUCACUGAUGAGCAAACUACUGUGGAACAGCAGUCUGUAUUCACUGCACCCACUGGCAUUAGCCAGCCUGUAGGCAAAGUAUUUGUGGAAAAAAGCCGGAGAUUCCAGGCUGCUGAUCGUUCAGAGUUGAUAAAGACCACAGAAAACAUAGAUGUGUCAAUGGACAUGAAGCCUUCCUGGACCACCAGAGAUGUGGCACUUACAGUGCACCGGGCUUUCAGGAUGAUUGGUCUCUUUUCUCAUGGAUUCUUGGCUGGCUGUGCUGUGUGGAAUAUUGUUGUGAUAUAUGUUCUAGCAGGAGAUCAGCUAUCCAACCUCUCAAACCUUCUGCAACAAUAUAAGACCCUAGCGUAUCCAUUCCAGAGUCUUCUGUACUUGCUUUUGGCUCUGAGUACAAUUUCAGCUUUUGACAGGAUUGACUUUGCUAAAAUAUCAGUAGCAAUCCGAAAUUUUUUGGCCCUGGAUCCUACAGCUUUAGCAUCUUUCUUGUACUUUACUGCUCUUAUACUAUCUCUGAGUCAGCAAAUGACAAGUGACAGAAUCCACCUUUACACACCUUCUUCUGUUAAUGGUAGCCUCUGGGAAGCAGGAAUUGAGGAACAGAUUCUCCAGCCAUGGAUUGUGGUGAAUCUCGUGGUGGCUCUUCUGGUUGGAUUAUCUUGGCUAUUUUUGUCUUAUAGGCCAGGCAUGGAUCUUAGUGAAGAGUUAAUGUUCUCCUCAGAGGUGGAAGAAUAUCCUGAUAAAGAGAAAGAAAUCAAAGCCUCUUCAUAAUACCAGCUCACCUUUGGAGGAAUAAUGACCCAGUAUUUGUCCCAUUUUUGUUUUUAAAUGUAUUUUUAUAAGAUGUGUACAUGUGUAUUUGUAAUAGAUUUUUUGAUUAUAUAAUACUGAAACAUCUCUCAGUAUUAUGAAAAAUGUUAAAAUUGUGUUUGCUAUUUAUGUCUAAACAUUAAUUUGUCUAGCAUUAUCAUCUUAAUGACAAAGGGAAUAAUGAACUAGAAACCAGCAAGUGAAAGUGUUUAUUUCCUAUUUUCUCAAAACAGUUGUAUUUAUAACUAUUAUCUUAAAAAGCACUGGUUUAGAAAAAGCCAUAACUUAAAUAGUGUUAUAAAAUAUAUAUCAGGUUUAAACAUAAAUUUAGCGAAUAUGGUAGAAGGGAAAAAAGCCUUCAUUUUUGACCUCCCCUUACUGAAUAAAUUGAAAUAUGAAAUUUGUCUUUUCUGAAACUGGCUUAGUGAUUGAGUAUCAUGUAAUAAUUAUAAUUUAGCUUGAAAGAUGCUCUACAUCAUGACCAAUAAAAAGGGAAUGUAUGUUUUGUUUGAAAAA